AUGGGUGGUGGCGGCCGCAAGGAUUGCUGCUACGCGUCAGGAUACGGUGAUGGCGUCUUAGGACCUCUCCCUUUCGAUCUCGAAUUUCGUUCUGCUAAGUUUAUCGUACACAGAGACGGCGUAGUGGUGGACAGACCAACUAUCCGCCCCACUACUGCUCUCCGUCAGUACAGCUGCCCCGCUGGGCUCAGUACAUCAGAAGAGUUCGACUGGAUUAAAGAUAUUGUCGGCCUCUUGCUCUACGUCUACACGCUAUAUUCACGUGGUGGAGACAAUGUUGGACUUCGCGACAUCUGGUUGAGUAUCGCAGACCAUGAGAUUGGGACGAGCAACGACAACCGGGUCCCUGUCAUCCAACUCAAUAAGUGGGCCAAGUGGCUGCAUAAGGAUCUUGGUUUUGUCGCACCGUUGAUGGUCUCGCUCACCCGUCAAGUCAGACCCGAAUGGGGCCUGCUCAGGCCGCCGCCCCGUCCCCUCCACCUCCACGAGGCAAUGCAACGGCUGAUUCUUGAACAUGUUAAUACUUGGGAAACCAAGGAAUUAAAUGUCCAGCUGGAUACGCACACGCCACGAUCCUACCCAAAGGUGGAACGGGUCCCGAAGGCGCCAGGGCGUCACUACCCAAUCAUUGGUCAGAUCCACAGAGCAAGCUCGCUCGGAAAACGGGUGUCUCAUACGCUUGCAGGUCCUGGCCCCAAAAGGAGGCGCAAGACGAAUAUCCGGCUUCCCGAUGGCCCGUUGCCUCCGUUGCCUCCACUGGGGAUGGCUUGGGCUACUUUGUUUGGGCCACCUCAGCCAUUAUUGCACUCCUCAGAAGAUGACUACGGCGACGAGGACGAAGAAACUUCAGACUAA